CUUGAUUUUAAAACAAGCACACGUCUUCAGUUCAUCGUGAGAGAAAGAAGAAAUAAAGCAACAUGUUUACAAAGUCUAUUGCUAUCAUCGUUGUUUUAGCCACACUGGCUGUUGUCAAUGCCCAAUUUGGUGGUUCGAUUACAUCAAAUAGUCGUGGAGGAGCGGAUGUUUUUGCCCGGCUGGGUCAUCAGUUUGGAGACAACAAAAGAAAUUUUGGAGGUGGUGUAUUUGCCAGUGGUAAUACUUUAGGUGGACCUGUAACCAGAGGAGCAUUUUUAUCGGGAAAUGCUGAUCGCUUUGGAGGUUCAUUAUCGCAUUCCAGAACAGAUAACUUUGGGUCGACAUUUUCACAGAAGCUUAACGCAAAUCUUUUUCAAAAUGAUAAGCACAAAUUGGAUGCCAAUGCUUUUCAUAGUCGCACCAAUUUAGAUAAUGGUUUUAAAUUCAAUACCGUUGGUGGUGGUCUUGAUUACAAUCACGCUAAUGGACAUGGAGCAUCGGUGACGGCUUCUCGCAUACCCCAAUUGAAUAUGAACACCGUCGAUGUUACCGGCAAAGCUAAUUUGUGGAAAUCUGCCGAUCGGGCAACUAGUUUGGAUUUGACUGGUGGUGUGUCUAAAAAUUUCGGUGGUCCUCUGGAUGGGCAAACGAACAAACAUAUAGGCGUUGGUUUAAGUCAUGAUUUUUAAUUUUAGGAGCUUUAGAUAUAAUUAAUAUAUGAAAAGAUAAUAUUAUUUAAUUGAGUAAAA